UAUUGUUCUCUUAUUAAAGCAGAAGAAGAAAAAAGAACGGCGAGAGCAAGAGAAAAAGGAUUGUACUCCUCCAAGCCAAGGCCCACCAGAUUCAAUGGCAGAGCUUUGCUGACGAAAAUAAAUUCGAAUUUGUCUCUACCUGCCGUUAUCGGCUACUUUUUCUAUAAAGCUUGAAGAAGAAGAUAAAAUCCAGAGCUUUUAUCUCCCUGCGACCCUCAAGAAACCUCGAGCGCAUUGGUUUUCUAGGGUUCCCUCAAUUACAGUUGUUAUGUUCCAUAAACCCAGUGAUGAACUGCCAUUCACCUUUGAAAGGAUGUAUGGAUUCUCCACAGUUGAUGGCUUUGUGGAGAUAGCUGAAAGCUCAGCAGAGAUGAUCAAGUAUAUAGCAAAUGAACCUUCAACUGGGCUUUUCUACAUUCAACAGCAUACAAAAAAUGCUGUUCCCAAUGUUAUCAAUCUGAAGAAUAGUGUGGUAGACAAAUCUCAUGAAACAACUCUGCACACUGAAGAUUCGGAGGAUUCAAUCACGAUGUUGAGGUCGAUGAAAGAAUGUGGGUUUCCUAUUGCUGAUGAGAUGAUCAGAGACAUAAGGAAGUCCCUUGCUAUAAUGUCAACCAAACAACCAAGAAGGGGUUUGAUACGUAAUACUUCUGGUAUGCUGCAGCAGCAGCAGCAGCCAGGGAGAAUGAGCACUUGGAGAUCGGCCACUUGGGGGCGAAGAGCAAUUGUAGCCCCACUUGAUGAUGACAGUGGUGGUUAUAUUUCGACGGUAUUCAAGUCGGCAAGAGAAAAGGCGAGCAACUUUAAAUGGCCACAGCUUGAGAUCAGGGAAGAUCUUGCACAAGUUGAAGUUGAUAAGCUACAACCACAACCUAUCCAACCACCAGUUGCUCCUGCUACUUCUAGUUCAUCACAGCCAGAUAUGGACACUGAGGAGUUGCCUCUGUCCAGUCAAGUUAAUGAUGAGUCGCAACGAGAGGACCAGGUUGAAGACAAUUUGAAUACUGAUUUACUUUUGGUGUCCGAUAACUUCGAUGAUUUCAGGGCUGAUAAAGAAGCGAAACUGGAGGAGUGGUUGGGAGAAUCUGGCGGCUUGAAUGAAAGAGAUUUGAGGACAGGGAAAGGCCAUUAACAUUGAUUUUGAAUAGUGUUAAUGCCUUCUACAAUGCGUUUUUUACUGUAAAAAUGAUCAAAUAAAGAUCACUCUAGACACGUUUUCUUCUUCCAUCAUUUUUGUCCGACCCUGAAUUGCACCAGUGGAGUUGUAUUUCCAUAGCUUUGUAACAUGAUAUUAUUGGAAUUAUUAUAAAUAUCAUAUUGCCCAAUGUUUAGUGUUUUAAAA